AUGAUUCUGUUAUGGGUGUCAGCAUUUUUAGUGCACUUGGCUCUGAUCUUGUACAUAGCAUUACCGUUGAUUGUAGAGAAGUUUCCUGCUUUUUGUCGGCGACUGGUUUUCAAAACACACAGUGGACCUAGCUUUGGUUCCCGAGUUUAUACACACUUUGAAUCUGUGGACAUCCCUAGUGGGCAUGGCCACAAUUUCUACAUCGCUUCUCUAGAUGACAAAGCUCUGUUAGGAGUAUGGCAUAUUCUUCCAUCGAAUAAUGAAGAAAUUAGUGCUGCGGAUUCACGGAGUUAUGAAGAAAUAAUGAAUUCAUUGCCUAAUAAUUUGCCUGUAUUUAUUUAUUUCCAUGGCAAUUCUAAAUCAAGAGCUAUUCCUUGGAGGGUAAACAUUUAUAAACUAUUGUCAUCUCUUGGCUAUCACGUUUUUUGUUUCGAUUACAGAGGUUAUGGCGAUUCAACUGGGUCAUUAACUGGAGAAAAUGACUGUCUACUGGAUAGUUUAACAGUUUUUCAAUUUGUUUGUAAACGGUUUCCUUCAGCGCCGAUUUUCUUUUGGGGUCAUUCACUUGGUACUGGGAUUGUCGGUUGUCUUAUGGAUCAUUUAAAUAAAGAGCAUGAUUCUUUACCAAAUAUUCGUCUUCCAAAAGGUAUUAUUCUUGAUGCCCCAUUUACAUGCUUAACUGAUGUGAUACAUCACAGAAUAUUCAUGAAGCCUUAUCAAUUAAUGCCAACUUUACAAGAACGAUUUGUAUCGGCUAUGAACAAAGUAAAAUUGUCAUUUAAUACACAGUCUAACCUAAUAAAUUGUCCCAUUCCGAUAGUUAUAUUACACGCUGAAGAUGAUGCUGUUGUGCCAUUCACUUUAGGAAAAAAGCUUGCUGAAAUUCUUUCAACUAAUGGUACUUCAGUAUUCUUCAAGCCGUACGAAGGCAAACUCGGUUACCGACAUAAUUUUAUUCACACAGCACCAGAUCUUCCGGAUAUUAUUACAUCAUUUGUUCAAUCCACAUUGUCUGGAAGUUUAAAUGCAUUAGAAGAUUUAAUCAUUUGA